AUGCUGGAUGUUGCCCUCGGGUCAUCAAGAGCUGGAGCUGUCGACUUUGAGCAGCUGUACAACCUCCUGAAUGGGAUGCUUUUGCACCUGGGCCUGCGGGAUCUGCCUGUCCAGGAGAACGGGGAACCACUGGAGGGGGCCGAGGGAAGCCCUUUCUCUGCUGCUUUCCUUGAGGAGUUGAUGCGGAAAGUGGAAGCCAAUGAAAAAGAACUCGCUGAGGUCCGGGCUCGUUGCCAGCAGCUCAAUGAGGAGGUCACUGAGAUGAAGGUGGAGCAGUCCCGCAUGACAGAGGACAUGCAGAGGAUGAAGGAGAAUUUUGGCGCGGACUCGCUGGAUGACCUCCGUAACCAGCUGCUGGAAAGUGUCAUGUCUGCCGUGAGGGACAUGUUGAUGGGCGACCAAGACUCCCCAGAUCAGCCUAGGUCCAGGCAGAUAAACCCGUUGGAUGACGACGAGCUGAUUGUCAUCGGCAAUGAAAUUACCCUCGUGGAAAGGACACCCGUACCAAGGCCCGUCAGCCCCCUGCCCCCCAAGGCCGAAACAGAGGACAGAGAGAAGGAUUCCCUGGAGGCAACUACGAGCAGCCACCCAGUCUCCUUCGGGGCAGAUGACGUGGGACAGAUCAAGGAUGAAGAAAUCAAGAUAAGUAUCUCUGAGGCAGAGGCUCUUCCCAGCCACCUGGAUGUUCCCCCUGAGAUGACCGAUGUGGGAGAGAUCAAGGAUGAAGAGAUCGAGAUGAGCAUCUCCAAGAAAAAGAGUUCGGAUGACAGACUCACCGCCUCGAGAAUGCAUCCAGGAGCCCCUGGCACCCACCCCCCAGUCCAGCGGGUGCAGUCAUUACGAGGCACCCCAGGAACCCAGACCCCCGGCAUCCCAGGGGAGAGUGUGGCUGGGACCAGCAGGAUGGUCCUAAAGGUGCCCUCUUCCAAGUAUUCACCUUGUGAGCCGCUUGUGCGCUUACGCUCUGAGAUCCCAUCCACGCCACCGCUAUCCCCCGGCCUCUCCGGGCGCCUGUGCCAUGCUCACAAGCAGUACCAAACACAGGAGCAAAGGGAGCAGGCAGCCGAGGGGUAUUCCCGCAGAUCACCGAUGUACUGUGGGGGUAAACACACCAGCACCUACCCCGUGCAGCCCAUGGAGCCCCUGCUUCCAGACCCCAACAAGCCCGGCGUGAUUGAACUGGUGGGCAAGGAUGGACUCGUGUACCGGGGCCGGGAUGCCUAG